AUGGACGAGUCGGGUGCUGAUAGACGGGUCGGCUACCGCAAUAAAGGAUUGGCUCCAAGUGGAGUGACACCCGUCCAAGUUGGCAGGUUCAACCGCGAACAGAGCGAUGCCAGCCUUGACGCCUUGAUUGAUCUAGUAUCCAACAUCCUGAUCCUGGUACACGCACCUCAGCUCGAGACAGCUGGUCCCUCUGGGCGAGCUGCCGAGCGGUAG